GCGCGCCGCGCCCCGCCUCCCGCGGCCGGCGGCGGACGAGCUCGCGGGCCCGGCCGCCCCCAGCCCCGGCCCGCCGGCCCCGCCCCCCGCCGAGUGCAUGAGGUUGACGCUACUUUGUUGCACCUGGAGGGAAGAACGUAUGGGAGAGGAAGGAAGUGACCUGCCCAUGUGUGCAAGCUGCGGCCAGAGGAUUUAUGACGGCCAGUACCUCCAAGCCUUGAACGCUGACUGGCACUCAGACUGCUUCAGGUGCAGCGAGUGUGGCGCUGCGCUGUCACACCAGUACUAUGAGAAGGAUGGACGGCUCUUCUGCAAGAAGGACUACUGGACCCGCUAUGGCGAGUCAUGCCACGGCUGCUCAGAGCACAUCACCAAGGGGCUGGUCAUGGUGGCUGGGGAGCUCAAGUACCACCCUGAGUGCUUCGUCUGCCUCGCCUGCGGGACUUUCAUCGGGGACGGGGACACCUACACACUGGUGGAGCACUCCAAGCUGUACUGUGGGCACUGCUACUACCAGACUGUGGUGACCCCUGUCAUUGAACACAUCCUGCCCGAUUCCCCCGGCUCCCACCUGCCCCACACAGUCACCCUGGUGUCCAUCCCCGCCUCUACCCACGGCAAACGAGGUCUGUCCGUCUCCAUCGACCCCCCUCAUGGGCCUCCAGGCUGCAGCUCAGAGCAUUCCCGCACAGUCCGAGUGCAGGGUGUGGACCCAGGCUGCAUGAGCCCAGACGUGAAGAAUUCCAUUCACGUCGGAGACCGGAUCCUGGAAAUCAACGGCACGCCCAUACGGAAUGUGCCACUGGAUGAGAUUGACCUGCUGAUCCAGGAAACCAGCCGCCUGCUCCAGCUGACUCUGGAACACGACCCUCAUGACACACUAGGCCAUGGGCUGGGGUCUGAGCCCAGCCCCCUGGGCUCUCCGUUGUACACCCCCAGCCAGGAGGCUGGAGGCUCUGCUCGGCAAAGACCUGUGCUGAGAAGCUGCAGCAUCGACACGUCCCCGGGCGCGGGCUCACUGGCCUCACCAGCCUCCCAGCGCAAGGACCUGGGUCGCUCGGAAUCCCUCCGGGUGGUCUGCCGGCCGCACCGCAUCUUCCGGCCUUCCGACCUCAUCCACGGGGAGGUGCUGGGCAAGGGCUGCUUCGGCCAGGCCAUCAAGGUGACGCACCGGGAGACAGGGGAGGUAAUGGUGAUGAAGGAGCUGAUCCGAUUUGACGAGGAGACACAGAGGACAUUCCUCAAGGAGGUAAAGGUCAUGCGGUGCCUGGAGCACCCCAACGUGCUCAAGUUCAUUGGGGUGCUGUACAAGGACAAGAGGCUGAACUUCAUCACUGAGUACAUCAAGGGAGGCACCCUGCGCAGCAUCAUCAAGAGCAUGGACAGCCAGUACCCAUGGAGCCAGAGGGUGAGCUUUGCCAAGGACAUCGCGGCAGGAAUGGCCUACCUCCACUCCAUGAACAUUAUCCACCGGGACCUCAACUCGCACAACUGCCUGGUUCGAGAGAACAAGAACGUGGUGGUGGCCGACUUCGGGCUGGCUCGCCUCAUGGUCGAUGAGAAGCCGCAGCCGGAGGACCUGCGCAGCCUCAAGAAGCCCGACCGCAGAAAGCGGUACACCGUGGUGGGCAACCCGUACUGGAUGGCGCCAGAGAUGAUCAAUGGCCGCAGCUAUGAUGAGAAGGUGGACGUGUUUUCCUUUGGAAUCGUCCUGUGUGAGAUCAUCGGGCGGGUGAAUGCAGACCCUGAUUACCUGCCCCGCACCAUGGACUUCGGCCUCAAUGUGCGGGGUUUUCUGGACCGCUACUGCCCCCCCAGCUGCCCCCCGAGCUUCUUCCCUAUUGCUGUGCGCUGCUGCGACCUGGAUCCCGAGAAGAGGCCCUCCUUCGUGAAGCUGCAGCAGUGGCUGGAGUCGCUCCGCAUGCACGUGGCCGGCCACCUGCCUCUGGGCCCACAGCUGGAGCAGCUGGAGCGGGGCUUCUGGGAGACAUACCGGCGAGGGGAGAGCGGCCUGCCUGCCCACCCCGAGGUCCCCGACUGAGCCCAGCCCAGACGCUGCCCCAACCCCACCCCAGAGCGCUCACCCUCACCAGAUUCCCCUCGGCUCCGGCUCCACAGCCAGGCCUGGGGCAGCCUCACUAGACCUGUGAGCCAGGCCUGGCGCAGCAGCGCCCCCUGCAGGCCGUGCCCUGCUCUCUCUCUGCCUGGGCCCCAGGCUGCUCAUACCCCACCUCGCCCCGCCUUACCUCUGCCUCGGUGGGGCCACCCUCACCUCUCCUUGCAUGACCUGGGGGGCCCGGGGAGCUGUGCCCUUGCACGCCCACCUAGCCACCUGCACCCAACAUCUGCCCAUGGUGUCCCUGAGCCAAGCUGGACUGGGAGGGGGUGGCCAGUGUGCCCAGCACCACAGCGGGUGUCUGUAUAGAAGCAGAUCAUGAUAAAACCUAAAACUCAGAGAGAGAGAGAGGCCCUGGUGCCCUCCUGGCCAUGGCUCCUCCCCUGCUGUUUUUUUUUUUUUUUAAAUCAAAGCCACUUUAGUGAGAAACAGGUAUGAUGCCUCAGGGUGAAGAGGGACCCUUGGGAGGGGGGAGGGAGAGGGGCAUGGCUGAGGUUCCUCCCUGUCCCUUCCUGCUCCCCAAGACUGCAGCUACCCUGCCCCUCCCCUGGCGCACCCUGUCCUCUGGGUUCUUUCUGUGUAAUCUAUUUUUUAAGAAGAGUUUGUAUUAUUUUUUCAUACGGCUGGAGCAGCAGCUGCUGGGGGCUUGGGGUUUUCUUUUCUUGGCGGGCGGGGGUGGGAGGGCCAUUUUGCCACCUUGCCUCAGUUCAGAUCGGGGACAUAUUAAAACUGUGAAGCUCUCUCAGUGCACUUUGAACUUGGAAAAGAAUCUGAGCAGGCUGAGGGGGGCAAGACAUGCUUCCCCCUGCCCAGAAACCGUGCAGGCACUCGGAACAAUAAAGUCUGUGCUCCCCA